GCUUGCACCCUCGGCCUCUUACCACUCCUCUUGUUACUGCCUCAAGCAAGCCACCGUCCAUCAUGGACCCAUAUUCUGCGCAGAAUUACUACCAGCAAUACCAGUACCAACACCAGGCGUCGUCUUCCUCCGAUGUGAACCCAUAUCACCAGCCCUAUGCGGGUCCCAUGUACCCUAUCCCAGGCUCGUCGACCUCCGCGCACAAUGCCCCUGUACCUGCCAACGCCUACGAAUAUGAUGUUGGAAUCCUCGCUCAGCAGAGUGUGUACGUUCCAGGUGCAAUGGUGGACAAACGCGGUGGCGCAGGAGGCAAGCUGGCCAAAGGCGGUAAGCGUACCACUGUCCUCCGCAAAGGCGGUGGAAAAGUCUGGGAGGACCAGACUCUGCUGGAAUGGAGCCCUUCCUGGUUUCGUCUGUUCGUAGGCGACCUUAGUAACGAUGUAUCUGACGACGUACUGUCCAACGCAUUCAACAAGUACCCGUCGUUUCAGAAGGCAAGGGUCAUUCGAGAUAGGCUCAGUAACAAGGCCAAGUUUGGCUUCGUAGCUUUUUCUGACCCGGAAGAUUUCCUCAAAGCAUGGAAGGAAAUGGAUGGCAAGUAUGUGGGUAACCGCCCUAUCAAGCUCAAGAAGGCUGAUAACUCUGUCAACCCGGUCGAGAUCGGCCACCGGAAGGCCAAGCAGCUGGAGAAGGAGCUGAAGAAGAACAGGCAUAAGCCGUAUUGAGCUCCAGUCAACCGUAGCAUGCGGUUGGCAGACAUCAAGGACGGUGGUUUUGGACGGGACAUACUUGCUAGGGAGGCACCGUAGAGUAGUGUAAUGUAAUGUCCGUUGUGUGCUCUGAAGGCAAUGUAACUUUAUACAUUUCAUCUUU